AAAAAUUAGUGUUUCGUGUUUUGAUAAACUCAAAUUAGUAUUUUCUCAGCAAUAACACAUCACGUUCUCUCUUUCAAUUUCUUGCAGUCCCCCCGAUGGAAGUGAACAUUAGUAAGAAAUCUGAGGAUUUAUUCGAAUGUGUGGCAGACGCCAACCCACAUGCAAACUUCACAUGGACGAGAAUCAGCCAGUCGAUACCUCAGUCUGCUGUCAGAGUAAAAGGUCCAACACUACAGUUUCUUGGCAUUACCUCCGACCUGAACGGCCUCUACCAGUGCAGUGCAUCAAACCCUUAUGGAAAAAGUCAUGGUCACCUCUAUGUGCAUGUGAAUUCAGGAAACUGUGUUGCUUGUUGGGUCUUUUUUGUUAUUUUGCUUUUCGCACUGGUCUUUGGUGUCGUUGCGGCGUGGUACCUUUAUAAAGCCGGGAGACUUCAAUGGAAUGAAAAUGACAUGCAUGGGGAGAGGCAGAGGGUCCCAACAACUAACAGCACACCUGAAAGAGCUGCAAUCGAAGUAGAGCCUCUAGGGGACACAGGAGGAGGAUCUGCCUCUGUGACAUCCAUGUAAGAGAGAAGAUGGCAGACAACUGAACUGCAGCCAGUGUACAAGCUUCAUCGCUCACAUGUGACAUCCGGACUCAGCUGGUUAGUGAACAGGUGUAAUCAGGCGCCAGAUAUUUGUUAUUAGUUUCCAUGGAUUCCCAUGUAGGAGACUCUGUUUCACUGAAGUUAAGUUUCAUGAGAGCCGUUAUGUCUGCUGCACAAUUAUAUGUGGUUCUUUCGUCUACAAACCUUUCAACUGAGAAUCAAUAAUGCAUAUUGCAGAGUGUUUUUAGAGUGUUUAGAGCUUUCAGUAAAAAUGGAAGCAACAAGAAAAUUACAACUGAAGGAGAAGUCUGCUUAACUGACAUAAAUUUAAUGUCAUCCGUCCAGGAUGUGGGAUUAACUGCUCCUAACGGUCACAAUACCGCAGGUCUGUUGCUGAUAUGUUUUUCCACCAGCAGCAUUAGCAGCUGAUAAUAACAAAAGAUUAUGAAGUUUGUAUGUAAUGCACACUGGAAACACCGGCUAAGAAAUGAUUCAUGAGAAAUUCGAGAGCAGGUAAAGAGAACACACCCAAAUAGGCAAAAGCAGACAGUUUAAGAAACAUAUUCUGCAACACAUUUCUCCUUUUUUCUUUGCUGUCUUCUUUCUUUCAGUGCUCCUUAAGGAGUGGAUGUGUUUUAUUUGUUUACUUUACUGAAAGGGACAGUUUGAUGGAAAUCGUUAUUUCAAACAAGUUUCCCUCCCCCCUUUAUAUUAUUGAAUUGGUAUCAUGUAUGUGAGAAAAUACUUUUGAGCAGCUACAGGAGAACAUGUGUUACUUUGUCCCCAUGUGAUUUUAUUUAUUGCAUCUCUUGACCAACACUAUGAAGGAACAAUUAACCAAACAUAAACUAUCAAUACUUUAAGAUGCUGAACCUCUGACACCGUAAAGCAUUUAAUGGAAUAUUCUACUACCAUUAGUUUCUGUAUUCUAACAUUAACAAUACUACAGUGUUCAUCCGUUACCACUUACCUUCCAUGUGCUCUCUUUGUUUUGGUUGUUAUUUUUUAUAAUAACAAAUGUCUGCUAAGCUGGCUUUUAUCUUUUCCUGACAUCAGUGUUACUCAGUUUUGGGAAACACGCUGAAGACAGACUGAACUCAAAGUCAACAAUUUUGUGUCACGUUCAAGGUCAAAAGUGAAGUUUCAGAUUGUUUUGUAGUGCAAAAAGUUGCAUGUCCAUCUUCAAAAUGCACCACACCCUGCUGUUAGGUCUGCCGUGUUGUUCUUUGCUAAACACUUAAAAUGUUUUUGUUUUGUUGAUGUAAUACUUAGUAUAUUCACCAACUUACUUUGCCUUAUUAUAAUACUAACAUUUCGAAUUGCCAGUGAACACAAUGUAUACAGUGUUUGACUGGUCGUAAUUGCAACCCUAAAAACCAUGGGGUUAACAAUGGCCAAAAAUAGAAACAUCUGCUAAUAGCAUUGAAAAAAAGGUUUGGGGACCUCUAACGUGAUUGGGAUGCAUCAUCCUGGGACCAUUAAUGUCUACACCAUGUGUGGAUCCAUGGAGCAUAUAAAGGGACAUUUCACUGCACUAUUUAAACUUGAGACCUAAAUGAGACCACUUGAGAUGCUUAAUGGUUGGACCAAAUGGCUGUUGUGACAUUUCACGCAAAGCUAUAAAUGUUAAUUUUUGAUAGGUAAUAAGUUUUGAUCCUUGUUUGUAUGUAUACCUGCGAAAAGUAAUCCUUCAGAAUGUGUUUAUUAUCCACAGUCAUGAUGAUAUAACAAGCAAAAGUCCUGGCAAGCAAGGUGGUGGAUAGGUCAAACAAAUGCACUAAUUUCCUCCGGGACAUCAGUGUUUGUGCCUCAUGUGAGACCAAGUGAACUGCUGUUUUUUUGUUAUUUAAAGGUCACCACAUUUCUUUUCCUAAACCUAACCAACAUAACUUUUGUUUCCUUAAAUGACUGGACGUAAUGUAAGGCAGUCAUCAUAAAGUUACUUAUGGUAGGUUUCUGACAGUCAUGUUUGGUUAGGUUUAGGGAAACAGUCAUGGUAAGGUGUCGUCAUGUUAUGUAGUUAACAUAAAGUUAUGAAGGUUAGGUUUAUAAAAGUAAAGUUACAAAAAACGGAAGUGAAGAAAAGUACAGUUACAUAGAUGCGGUUUAAGAAGAUGACAUUACAUAAGGUAAGUUAGGUUUAGGAAAACAAUCAUGGUUGGGUGCCUUAACAUUACUGAAUUUAACAUUACGUAGCCUACGUAACAUGAUAACGCCCAACCAUGACUCUUAUCUUAAAUCUAACCUAACCUUAUCAGUAGGGGUGCUUAUUCAUUGGUCGCUUAUUUGUAAGAUAUCAAAUUAUAUAGUUCAAAUGAUGUAGUUCUGUGAUUAAAAACGGACAAGUUUGAGUCAUAUUUAGUCAGUCAUACUUCUUAGCCUUAGUUACACUUAUCUAAAGAUGUGUAUUUUUAUUUCAAUCUAUUAUGUUCUAUUCAAUCUUUAUGUUUAGUGCCCUCUAGUCAUCCUUGGGUAAGGGUUAUAAGUAGAUUAGUAAUCCUCCUAGAAUAAUCUUCUUUAAUCAAGACAACAUGGCAAGACUGUAAGCACAAGCCUUAAACCAAGAAGCUAACCUAAAUCUCCCAGGACUCAAAUCACACUCCUUUGUUUGACUUGUUACUUUUAUACUCACAACUGAAGACACAUUAUUCUCUUUGACA